AUGAAAGGCCGACAUCUUCGGCGGCGAUUCAGCCUGCAGCCAUCGUUCAUGAAAGAUGACUCCACCGAGGAUCGGCCAAAGCGUGAAAAACCCAUCAAGAACGAUGAAAAUUCGAUCAACUCCAACGUGCGUCACAAGAUCGUGAUGAUGGGUGCGGCAAAGGUGGGCAAAAGCUCCGUCAUCACGCAGUUCCUGUACAGCAGCUUUUCGCCGAAGUACAAGCGCACGGUCGAGGAGAUGCACCAUGGCCACUUCUCGGUGAAUGGCGUAAAUCUCACACUCGACAUCCUGGACACCUCCGGAUCCUACGAGUUUCCGGCCAUGAGGGCGCUCUCCAUCUCGUCCGCCGAUGCGUUUAUCCUGGUGUACGACAUCACGGACAGCGUCACGUUCGAGGAGGUGAAAGCGAUACGUGAGCAGAUUCACGAGAUCAAAUCGACCACGGCGGUACCGAUUGUGGUCGUCGGCAACAAAACCGAUCUCAGCGACGAUGAUGAAGACCUGCGGCAGAUAGCACGUGACACAACGGAAUCCAUGGUAACAGUGGACUGGGAAAACGGUUUCGUCGAAGCUUCCGCCAAACUUAACCGAAACGUAUCGCAGAUCUUCAAGGAGCUACUGGUGCAGGCGAAGAUAACGUACAACCUUAGUCCUGCGCUGCGACGCCGGAGACGCCAGUCGCUUCCGCAGCAAACCAGCACCGGAAGUUCACCGGCACCAGCAACACCCCAAGCGUCACCGAGUGUCCACGUUCCAUCCGUCGCACAACUACAGCACCUGCAGCAGAUUCAGGACAAAAGUUUGGGCGGAAAGCGUAAUUCGUGCAUUCUGUCGUAAUCAAACCGCUCUUGUUCGACGUUACCGGAAAAUUUCAUUCAAAAACCGAUUGUGAGAUAGUGAGAUGGUGAGGAAUUUUUUAAAAUACAUAUUGGACCUUGGAAAUAUAACUAACAUCGCGCAAUAAAUAUGAUAACGAUCGGUGUGUACUUGUCUGUUGCGACAUCAGAUUUUAUCUAACCAAAACACAAACGUAUCGCUAAUAACUGUUGCUUCUUAAGUUGUGCAAAAUGGAGACAAACUUGAAACUAACUUAAAAACAU